UCUUCCUGAGCGGACAGCGGGGCUCACCGAGGCGGAGACGGCAGCAAGGAACGACUACUGUUUUGAUUGGGAGACAUGGACACCCAUUAGCUAGCACCAAGCUGUCAGGUUCAAUACUACUGUCUUCUCUCAGGACAAUUCAACCCGCAUUUAAAUGAUUGAACUUUUCUCUCUGCAUUGUUACUAGUUGUCCUGGAUGUGUACUUAUGAGCCGCAGGAGGACACUGUGAAACAUACUGAAGGCAAGGCUGUCGAUGGGUGAAAGAAGUUGGCUGCCAGCCUUCUGCAAGAAUUUCUCUUCUCAUUUUUGAGUCAUGGUCGAAGCUUCGUCUCGCUGUCAAACUGAUGGUGGUGUGUGUGCAGGCGCCGCUGCUGGGAUCUGUGUAAUAUGUGAUUGAAGUGGACGGCCGAGGCCUGGGCCCGCUGUUGUAUUGUGGCCUGGGCUAGGAUACACCUCCUCUGCACCGGAUCAGCAGCGUUAAUUACGGCUCGGAGAUUACCCCUGUUUACGGAGUAGCGAUUUGGCCUGCGUACACCUCUGAAGGAGGAUUCAGUCUGGAAUAAUAAAUGCGAUUUCCAAGCCGUGUGGAGCCCCUGUGGUGGGAACAGCAUCGGCGCUGGACAGGAACGUGUGGAAAACUUGGACACUUUUAAAAGAUGAAUGCUCUGCUUCCCAUGUGACAUGCUUUAGAUCACGCUGUUCUAUCAAGACGGGGAAGCUGAGUUUCACAAGGAGGGAGGGGGGGGCACCUCUAUCAUGAGGAACAUUUAGGGCCACCGACUUUUUAAUUUAUUGAGGGGGGUGCGGGUUAUUUUCUGUUCUAUAUUUUGAUUUGUCAUUGUUAGUAGUGACACUGUUAGGGCUGCACAGAUAGUUAGACUUGGGCAGUCAUUGCUGUACAUGCUCAUGAUAUGAUUUCCGUUAUCAGCCCCGGGGUACAGUAGCCUAAUGGUGUGCAAGCAAGAAAAUUAAUUUAGAGGAAGUGGGUCAGAUCCUUGUUGGCAUUAUGACAAGAGGCACGCCAGAAUGCUUUCUCUCCCCAUAGAUUUGCAGUAACAGAUGUUGGAUCAUUUAAACCCCAAAUCUGUUUUCUCUAUGUUUUCUAUAAGUUUCAUUACUCGCAGUGUUGCAGCCUGGUAGCCAUUAUCACUUUUAGAAGAAGGUCCUGAAAGGAGGCAUUUUAGCACCGUUGAAUGGCUCUUUGUGGCACAACGGCUUCAAAUGCUACAAAAAUGAUGGCUGCUUAUAACGGUGGCUCCUCAGCAGUGGCUGCCCAUCAUCCGCAUCACCACCACCAGCUCCAGCACCUUCCUCCUCCCCACAUGCACCACCACCACCACGCGGGUCAGCAUCAUUUGCAGCACCCGGGCUCCGCCGCCGCCGUGCACUCUGUGCAGCAACACACCUCCACUGCUGCAGCUGCGGCUGUGAUGCUCAACCCCGGCCAGCAGCAGCCCUAUUUCCCCUCUCCUGCCCCCGGACAGGCCCCCGGGCCGGCGGCGGCUGCGGCUCCAGCCCAGGUUCAAGCUGCUGCUGUCAAAGCUCACCACCACCACCAUCACCACCAGCAGCAGCAGCAUCAGCAGCAGCAGCAACACACGCACCACCUACCACAACAGCUGGACAUUGAGCCUGACAGGCCCAUCGGCUAUGGAGCGUUUGGUGUUGUCUGGUCAGUGACAGACCCAAGAGAUGGAAAGCGGGUUGCCCUCAAAAAGAUGCCCAAUGUCUUCCAAAACCUUGUUUCCUGUAAGAGAGUGUUCAGAGAGCUGAAGAUGCUCUGCUUCUUCAAACAUGAGAACGUGCUCUCUGCUCUGGACAUACUACAACCUCCACACAUCGACUACUUUGAAGAAAUCUAUGUGGUGACUGAACUUAUGCAAAGUGACCUCCAUAAGAUCAUUGUAUCACCACAGCCUCUGAGCUCAGACCACGCCAAAGUUUUUCUUUAUCAGAUUCUACGAGGACUUAAGUAUCUUCAUUCUGCUGGCAUUCUACACCGAGACAUCAAACCUGGCAACCUCCUGGUAAACAGCAACUGUGUGCUCAAGAUCUGUGACUUUGGGCUGGCACGGGUGGAGGAAACAGACGAGUCACGGCACAUGACUCAGGAAGUGGUGACACAGUACUACAGAGCCCCAGAGAUCCUGAUGGGGAGUCGCCACUACUCCAACUCCAUCGAUAUCUGGUCUGUGGGCUGCAUUUUUGCUGAGCUGCUGGGCCGACGCAUUCUCUUCCAAGCCCAGAGUCCCAUUCAGCAGCUGGAUUUAAUCACUGACCUGUUGGGGACUCCCUCUAUGGAGGCGAUGAGGACAGCGUGUGAAGGCGCUCGUGCACACAUUCUCAGAGGACCUCAUAAACAGCCAUCCCUUCCUGUUCUGUACACACUGUCUAGCCAAGCAACCCAUGAAGCUGUCCACCUCCUCUGCAGGAUGCUGGUGUUUGAUCCGUCAAAGCGGAUCUCAGCAAAGGAUGCACUGGCUCACCCUUACCUGGACGAGGGUCGACUACGCUACCACACAUGCAUGUGCAAAUGCUGCUACACCACAUCCUCUGGUCGUGUUUACACCAGUGACUUUGAGCCUGUCACUAACCCCAAGUUUGAUGAUGGCUUUGAGAAGAACCUGAGCUCUGUGAGACAGGUCAAAGAGAUAAUCCAUCAGUUCAUUUUGGAACAGCAGAAGGGUAGUCGAGUGCCACUCUGCAUUAACCCUCAAUCAGCUGCUUUCAAAAGCUUUAUCAGUUCCACAGUGGCUCAGCCCUCUGAAAUGCCUCCAUCUCCGCUGGUGUGGGAAUAGCUGCUGUCGCUGUGUGUCGUCACCUUUUCCCAACUGACAAGCUGCUUGACUGGGAACAAGAAAGCGUCUCAACGUUUUCUAUCAUCUGUGUAGCAUUUCACUGGAGAUCAGGACUCACAGGUCUGCUGUGUGUAAGCUGGAAUAGGAAACAAAUGAAGAAAAAUCCACUAAUAAUUGCUUUAUGGGGUGUAUUAGAGGGAUUGGUAUGCAAAUGUAUGUAAUGCUCUGUAGACCAAAUCAGAAUGUUUUAAACAAACCUAUCUUGUCACUUCCUGGUAGAUGAGAUUUAACACUUAUUGCAUCAUAAUGAAGUACAUUUGUUUUGAUAUAUAUUAAUUUAAGAAAAGUAGAUUUCUAUUUUUAAAAUUCCUAAUCACAAUCAAAUGAAUCUCCCAUACGAUUAGGCUGCUCUAAAUUAUGAUGCCCACCUUCACCUCUAGUUUUACCAGUGGGUAAAAUCAGUGGCCAAAUCAGUGUUUAAUCCAAUUUUGCUUCUAAUUCAGACAAUCGAUUGUAAUCUCAUUGGAAGGCUUUUUGUUUUGCAUUUGAAAGCCCCCCAUAUUUAAUGAACAUGUGCUCGGGCACAUGGAUAUUUUAAGUUAUUAAAAAAGAUUUAUUCAGGCAUGCCACCCCCCACCCCUCCCCGCACACGUUUUUACUUGUAUGUAACUAUUAAUUUGCCAAAGAUCUGGAGCCUCAUGUAUAAAUGAUGCAUCAACAUUCAGACUGUGUGCUAAUCAACUAAUCACAUUUUCAACAUUACACUCAGUGUCAGAUGGAGAGACACAUCAGGCCACACUCAGUCAUUCAUACUACUAGUUGUCUAAACACUUGAAGAGACAUUGAACAGGUCUCAGUGGAUAGUGGCAUGAACAAGUUGCCAUCAUAUCCUACUUCUCCCUCUCUUUGUUUUAAUCUAAAGUUAUAAAAAUGGUUCAGACAGUCACAUGAUCUGACAGACAUUUUAUUUGAAGCACUUAAAACUUAACCAGAUGUUAAUAUGUCAGCCUGCAUGUGUCAGCUUGUUUUGGAGUUCUUCUGCCCCCUAGUGGCCACAUAUUGAUUGACUCAGCUUGAAACAAAAGCAGCAAUGAUUGAAAGAAGAAUAGUUUAUUGAUUUCAUGCAAAAUGUGCAUGACUGCUUUUGACUUGAUUGUAUCAUUUGAAGUCAGCAUGACUAUAUCAACAUUUAGCAUGCAAGAGUUUACCUGUCAUUUCAUCAUUUAUCAUUCUCCCUUCUGUCUGUGUCAUAGCAAAAUAGAACACAGAGGAACUAAACUCUACUAUUUAUAGUUAGUGUCAAACAUGAGAGAAUACACAGACUCACACAUUUGUGAUGUGCAUACAGGAAUGUAAUGAAUGUUUAGAUAUGUGUGAAGUUUCACAUAUGUACAAGUAAAUGUAUGCAUGGAUCUGCUAUUUUGCACAUGAUUGUAGUGAUGAAUGUAUGCACACAUUUAUACGUGAGGCCUCCAAAGUAUUUGUAAUUAAGUUGAAUCUGUCAGUCAGUGGUUGGGGUCAGGUGGCCCCUAAUAAAAACACCAUCAGCAGAGGUGCAGCAGUUUAGAAUCAUGAAAGCUAAAGCUCCCAGUGUUCAGUAGAUUAGCUUACUGUGAUGCUGAACUACAAUGAAAUGUGCUUGGUAGGAUUGUUACAUAAGUAGUGUUUUGUCGUUGCGAUAACUUGGUCUAAUAGGUGAAGGUAUGAAAUGUUCACAUGCAUGCUACAUGAAGAACAACUGACACUUUGUGUGAACAUGAAGUAAGUUCAGAAAAGGGACUCUAAGAGAUCUGCAUAUUAUUUCUAACAGCUCAUCUCACUUGGAAAAAAAAAGCCAAGAAAAGAAAAGUCAUUUACUGUAUUGAAGAGAAAAGGAGCAGCAAGGGAUGCUACUCCUGAGCCCCCCCCCAUCCCUCAACCUCUAACCAGCCAUAACACUUCCUGCUAAUAUUCAGAGAAAUACGAGUAUGUGGCUGAACAGCACUGUCAGCUAAACUCUAUAGUUUUUUAUUUUGAAGGCAUGUGUGCUGUCUACUUGUGUGCCUCCUAAUUUCACUCCCGGCCAAACUGAGCAAAUUAUCACCCCAAAGAGUACGAAGAGAAAAAGUCUAAACUGUUUUAAAUAGAGGAAUUGAAAUAUGUCAGCUUCCCCACUGUUCCUUCAUGAGCUUUGUUUCACAUGCCCUCUGCAACCUGUUACACAAAAAGUCUGCUUUUCACAAUCUGGGUCUUUUCUUAUUGUCAGUUUGCUCAUUCUUUAUGUUGUCAUGGAAACAUGUUACUCAACAGUUACAUUGUGGGACACUUUCCAUCUACACCAGGCAUGUCCAAACUAUUCCAUAAAAGGCUGUGUGCCAACCAAACAGGAGCACACAUGAUUCAACCGAUCAGGUGUCUGAAGACUGAGAUCAGUUGAUUAAAUAAAUCAAGUCUGGUCUGCUCCUGAUUGGUUGAAUGUAAAUCUGCAGCCACAUGAACCUUCGUAGAAUAGUUUGGACACCUUCCAUCUAC